UCAUUUUAUGUCUACGCACUAUUUUCAGACUUGAAUCCUUGGAGAUGUUUUCAAACCACGCGCCUGCAUGACACAACAAGUAAUUCCAACUGGAGAAAGCAUGUUUCGAAACUGGACUCGCCUUGGAUUCUUGCCUUUUCUUUCCCUGCUUCUGGUGGCGAGUUUAGUGGGCAUCCAUUGCCAAGAUGUGUGUCAAGACGGCACGGGCCCCAACGGGAACGGGACACUGUGCGACUGCCAGCCCAUGACGCCCGGUGCCACCGUGCUCAACGUCGACUGCACCGGUAGAGCUUUGACUGAAAUCCCGGUAUUUCCAACCAACACCGGAGUUUUAGUUCUGACCAAUAACAACAUCCAGGUGAUCCAAGUGCGGGAUUUCAAGCGUCUGGAUACACUACAAAAAUUGCAACUUACAGGAAAUCCGCUUGUAUGCGACUGCGCCUUGACGGAUUUCAAAAGCUGGGUCAUUAACCUCCAGAGCGCGAGCUCGACAGCCCAGUUGGUGGAGGGCGCUGUUUGCGGUGACGCCACCCACGGCGGCACUAAUGUGGUCGAUGCAUUUUUCUGCUUUGACAAUCUUCUGUGUUACCAGUCGUGUACCAAUGUUGUUGACGGGAGUGCAUGCUCUUCACAAUUAUGCUUUCCCAGCAAUGGUAAUGCCUGCAAGAAUGACUUGAGCUACGCAGCCGAUGGGAGUGUCUUGAUGACGAAAUCCUGCGUGUUUAUUGCCGACUGUCGACAAGCAGCCUCGACGGUGAACGAGGCCGUGUGUCGACAGACGGACGGCGCCACCAUGCGGUGCGUCUACUGCUGCCAGGGGGACAAUUGCAACGAAGAACUCAACACAAUCAACGACACGUACGUGUUCCCAUUCCGGAGGCCGCUUGCAGCCACAACAGCAGCACCCACUCCAACAGAAACAAGUCACUUUACCACCGAUUUUCAACUGACAUCAUACUUAGCGAGUACACCGGAGAAACCAGCUACCACGUCUGAAACACAGACUACUAGUGGCCGAGGAGCUACGCAGACAUUAACCACAGAAAUGACUCGGACACCUCUACUUGAAACCAUCUCUUUACGGACAGACGGCACGGUGCAAUCAUCGUCAUCCUUCUCAACUAGUGAAUCGUCAUACCAAUCGUCCUCCCAAUCGUCCGUAUCCUUUCGAGAAACCGUCCCUACACGGACGGGCAGCACGGUUCAGACUUUACCUCCCUCCUCAACAAGCGAAUUGUCAUACACUGGUACGGGAUCCCAGACGGCUGAAACCUUCACAGAAAUCGCCCCUACACGGACAGACAGCCUGGUACAGACAUCAGAAUCCUUUUCAACCAGUGAAUCGUCAUACCAGAGUGCUGGAUUCCAGACGUCUGUAUCCUCUCAAGAAACCAUCCCUACAUCGGAAUCCAUUUCAACCAGUGAAUCGCCGUACACAGGUACUGGAUACCCGACAUCACCCUUUUCAGAAACCAAUCACAUGCCUACAUUUACGGACAGCAUGGUGCAAACAUCAAAUUCAUUCUCAACCACCGAAUCAUCACACACAGGUACUGGAUCCCAGACGACUGGAGCUUUCUCAAAGACGGUCCCUACACGGACAGACAGCAUGGUGCAGACUUCACAUUCCUCCUCCACAAGUCAAUCAUCAUACACAGGUACUGGAUCCCAGACAUCAGUUCCUUCUAUAAAAAGAGAAUCUUCUAACACACAGAGCAUGAUACAUACAUCAAAAAGACACAGGUCCCAAACCUCACAAUACAUUCACUUUGCCUUUUCAGACAGUGGAUCGCAGUCCACCGGCUACUUUUCCGCGAGCCAAACUCGACAGACGGACAGUGUACAAACCUCUAGAACACCCUACCGAGGAACCUCAGAGAGGCCUCAAGAAACCAAGGCAACCACAACACCUUCCCUGUCCACGACGCGUCCAACCACGGAGCGUGACGCGACGUCUCCUUGUGACCAGGUUCCUCCAAAUCGUUGGUGCCUGAUCGAGACAACGGAGGGCGAGUGGGGAUCCAUCACUUGGCCGGCGGUGAUCGCCAACCGGACUGCCGUGGUACCGUGCCCGUACAAGACCCUUGUGGACCCGGAGGCUUCUAGACGCGCUCGUAGAACCUGUUUGUGGGACGCCACCAGCAAGAAGGCAUUUUGGGGGAAGCCAGACAUGAGCGAAUGUCCCACUGCAUCGGGAGUCUUAGAGGAGCUCGCCAAGAUUGAAAUCACAGAGAGUAAUGCCCUGGCCGUUUCUAGUCAACUCACCAUUGUGACUUCAUACCCUGAGACACUGACAGCUGAUGACGUCACCAGCGCAGUGGACGCCCUCAAGAGACUGCUUGACGCCCUCAUCCGGUACCCGGAGAAAGGGCAGGAGAUCUUCAAGGAUGCCAUGGCAACGGCUGGGCAGAUGACGUCAGUGAAGUUCGAGGAGCUGGUGGAGGGUCAGAAGAUAAACCGAACAACGAGCCGGCUUUUGCAACUGAUCGACGACUUCGCCAUUCACGUCCCCUUCCUGAACGCCUCAAAGCUGACGUGGGAGUCACGUGCCAUUGACGUCAUCACUCUAGAUGUGGCCGAUCGACAUAUAAAUGACCUGCUUUUUGGCGGUUCAAUGGGAGUUGACGAUGUUAAGCCGUUCGUUGUCUUGAAUGGAAGUUCACCAGAAAACCUGACAGAUAUUGUGGGUUCUGUGAAACUGCCAUCAAGUCUUUUAAACAAACUGGGAGACCAGCUGAGCCGAACGCAGUUCCUAUUGUACCAAAGCACGACAUAUUUCAACGUGAUUACGUCAUCUGUGGCAAAACCGUAUGGCGAUCUGACACCGCCAACGGGAGGCGCCGUUACGGUGCUUAGCAGUGCCGUUAUAUCGGCAUCAGUUGGUAACCUGUCUAUUGCUGAUCUGCAAGAGCCGGUCCUGAUACGACUCCAGAAGUCUCAAACCGCAAACGCCACCAAUCCACAAUGUGUCUUUUGGGAUACAGAGGCGAACGAUAAGCAAGGUGGCUGGUCGGCAAAAGGCUGCGCAGUGAACUUCGAACUCUCGGACUCGACGACUGUUGUCUGCGAGUGCAACCACCUCACCAACUUCGCAAUGUUGAUGGAUGUCUAUAAUAUGGGCGAGCUGGAUCCAGUCCACUCGAAGAUUCUUGCCAUCAUUUCUUACAUUGGCUGCAGUCUUUCGAUCUUGGCGCUUACGUUGGCCAUAAUAACGUUGGGAUGUUGCAAAGAGGAUCCGAAGUACCGAGUCACAGGAAGCGGUUCACUCAACACCGGCAACAACGGCAAAGCUCGGGCCGACCGUCACACCGGCAUCCUCGUGCACCUGUCGGUGGGGCUGAUCCUAGCCGAUGCAUCCUUCUUGCUAAACACGGUGGCAGUGGAGCUGGAAUUCGGCCGGGACGCCUGCCUGGGCACAGCCGUAGCAACUCACUACAGUCUGCUGGCGGCUAUGGCCUGGAUGGCCCUGGAGGCCUUCAACAUGUACUUGGCACUGGUGCUGGUCUUUGAUAAGUACUACUCGCGGUUCAUGCUGAAGAUGUGCCUGUUCGGAUGGGGUGCUCCUCUUAUCGUCGUCGCCAUAACCUUCUCCAUAAAUUUCCCCAACAACUAUGGGCUGAUUAACGGCAUUUGCUGGCUCGCCCGGAUCCCAUUCCUGGCCUCAUUCCUUGCUCCAGUCUGCGCCGUCCUCUUAUUCAACAUGGUCGUCUUCGUGGCGGUCACGUGGCAGCUCUGCAAGAUGCGCCGGCGCAACAUCAGCCAAUCGCGGCGCAAAUUUGACCUCGCAGCCCAGUUCAAGGCGUCGGCCAGCAUCACUUUCUUGUUUGGAUUGACCUGGGCCUUCGCCCUGUUUGGGAUCGGGGAGGCCCGCCUGGCCUUCAGUUACCUCUUCGCCAUCUUCAACAGCGCCCAGGGGUUCAACAUCUUCGUGUUCCAGUGCCUCCUCAAACCUUCCAUCCGCAAACGGUGGUUGAAGUGGCUUCGGCAGGAACACGAGGAGAUUCACGGAUCAUCCAAGUCAUCAGGCGGCAAAGAUUCUAAGAACGUGGAGAUGUUUAAGGUCACUGGAUCGGCUCAGAGCAGUGGUCAGCCAACGGGGAGGCUAUAGUGAGGAUACCAACAAGGAUGCACAUGAAGCUGCUGAGAAAGUUUCCAUGGAGAAUUUCUAGAGAUGCUCUGAGAACAAACUUCAAAAAAGCUUAACAAUCGGGCAAUUUAAGAUUAAUCUGGUGACCACAAAAAGAAGGUGUUACUGAGGUUAAGCAAGGCUCGCGUGCAGGUGAUCAAUUCAUGAAGCUUUCAAGUAACUAACUGUUGCUAAACACAGACAGUAUUUGCUUAAACUAUAAGUCUAUAACUGGUUACCAGCUAAAAUGGCACGUUGCGCAAACUGCUUGUGGCUAGUUCCCUGGUGGUAUUUUCUAGGUACCCAAAGAUGGCGCACUACUGUCAAUGAAUGCAAAACAAAAUGCACUAUCCAUUAUUGAUCACUAGCGUUUGGGGCCAAGACUAGGGAUGUGCACAUAUUGAAGUGUGGCGCCACCGAGGUGUUGGCAACCAAUUGUGGUAGCCAGAUGUAGUCUACAGAACGUCAGCCUCGAACUUUGCACUUUAAUUCAUGAACCUCAAAACGUAAGCUAAAACGAAGCUGAGAACCUUAGUUUGAAUAUCGAUUAUUUUGCUUACGAUUGUGUACCUGCAAAUAUAUUUAUGUUUAAUAUCGCAGAUAGGCCUUGAAAAGGCAUUUAUCAAUCUGUAAAUAACAGUAUUCCGGUUCUU